AUGGAUCAUCGGUCUGCGCCACCGGCAGAGAGCCCGCCCGAUCACACCCGUUUGGCGCUCCAGCCGCGGGAAGUGAAGUUCUGCGACCUUGCGCCGUCAAUUGGCAGGGGGGCGGUGGGGACCCCGCCGAAGAACGAAAAACGCGGUUUCCGUCCAACGCCGCAGAAAGUGUCGCACGUGCAUGCGGCGAGGGCGACAAAGCUCUCCAUUACCGAUGGCCUCGAAGCGGAGAGUGGCGACGAGGAGGAACGACGGCGCAUCCGCAGAAGGGGGACGCUUGAUGUGGGGGUGACGCACAUGUUUAAGGCGCGAAAACACAAAAUGCCCAGGGCCCCACAGGUGUGUUUGCACCCAGAGCAAUUUAAAGAACGGAUGGAAAUCGCGGGUAAUGCGCUGUGGGGAGAGGACUACGGUGUGAGCGCUGUCAGUGCCUUGGAGGUUUUGGAAAAUUGCGUCACACACGAGCGACGGCUAAAGGAGGAGCUUGCUAGGGCGCAUGCAGCAAAGAUGUUGGCUUUUCGUAGUGUGAUAAGUGUGUACUUAGCUUCAGUUAAGCAGUGCGGAAAACCUAUCUUGGGACGCCGCAAAGCGGGUGCAGAGGUUGCUCUUGCCCAGUGUGCGGUGGUUGCGCAAACCCUUGUCCUGGCGAUACAAAAUUAUGUUCGUGCGUUUCAGUCACGGAAGCAUGCCGCUGUUAGGCGGCAUUUCUCGCGUAGUGGGCUAAGUCCCGAUCUCUGGAGCAAUUCUACAGAGCGCAUGCCGCAGUUUAAAGAACGUCACCCUGGUGCCGAAAGCACCCUCUCGGAGACCACUACUUCGCUUCAUGAGUUAUUGGAUGAAGCAGAAAUCGGUCGGCUUAAGCAGCUCUACUUUGAUUAUUACGACUGCGAUGUAUAUGUUAUCCCAGGGACACGGCCUGAGAGUGGGAUCCCACCAAAUGCAUUGUUGCUAGACUCACUGAGUGCGCACGACCCCUUUGUGUCAGAUGUAGAAGAAGAUGCGAUGGGUCCAGCAUCUCUAUCAACAUGCACGACCUCUUCGAUGGAGUGA